AUGUUUCAGCAAAAGAAAGCUGCGGUCUUGAAGGGGAUGGAAGGCGAUAGUAUGGACCUGAUGACCGCUCUCGUGAAGGGCGCUGGUAUCACGAAGGAAUCGCUAACAGGAGAGAAACCUCCGGCACAGACUCUGACAGAUAGGGAAAUACUCGGCAAUGCGUUCGUCUUCAUAGUUGCGGCUCAUGAGACAACGGCCAAUUCUAUUCAUUUCUGCUUGGUCCUGCUUGCUAUGAACAUAGCCGCUCAACGACAUCUUCAAGCCGAUCUCGAUGAAAUCUUCCAGGGUCACCCCGUCAGCGAGGCUGAGUAUGAGAAAAUCAUCCCCAAAUUGUUUGCCAGUAUGGCUGGUGCAGUGCUCAACGAAGAGCUGCGUCUAAUCGCUCCUGUGGUGGGCAUCCCCAAAUCCACCCUGAAAGAAAGCCCUCAGCCUCUCGAAAUUGGAGGCAAGACAUGCACGGUACCAGCAGACUGCUAUAUUUCUCUCAUAACACCUGCCGCGCAUCGCAACCCAAAUCAAUGGCCAACUGGUCCACCCGCGAAUCCCGACAAACCGACGCACCCUCUCUCAAAUUUGGACAACGACCUCGAAGAGUUCAAGCCGGAAAGGUGGAUUUUGGAUCCUGACGCCAAGAAUACUGCGAGUAUGCCUGAGCAGGAAGCGGACACGGAAGCGUCCGAUUUGGGAGUCAACACCGCGGCGGAUACUUCUGCGGCAUUGUAUCGCCCACCAAAGGGUGCUUACAUUCCCUUCAGCGAAGGCCAUCGCUCUUGUAUUGGGCGACGCUUUGCACAGGUCGAGAUACUUGCAGUCCUUGCGCUCAUAUUCUCGCAGUACAGCGUGGAACUGGCGGUGGAUGCAUAUGUCAGUGACGAUGAAGUAGAUAAGAUGACCGAUCAAGCGAAAUUCGAGGUCUGGAGUAAAGCCAGAGAUGAAGUAACAAGGCAAAUGAACGAGGACAUGGGAGCUAUCAUCACACUUCAGCUUCGGAAAGGUGCCAUCGGAAUCCGCUUCGUGAAGAGGGGAAAGGAGAGAUUCGAUUUCAAUGCAAUAUGA